AAGGAGAAGGAAAGCUUUGCCUCUCUACUUCGGCAUUCCCCACUUAUUCAGAAGGAUACAGAAAAGGACAAAAUAGUUGCAGGGACAAUCUUCCUUGUUGUUUAUGAUGACCUGUACAUCAAUUUGGGUGGAAAGUUUCACUUUGUAUGCAAGAGGCCAGAGCAAGAUGGAGAGAAGUACCAAAAAGAGACUAAAAUGCGCCUGAAGCUUGUUGACCUGCAGUUGACGUUGAGAUUCCUAGGAGCCGUUACAGAUACAACUUUGCUUGAAGCAGAUGCUGUUCUAUUAGGGAAACUGCUGCAGAAAAUACAAGAAUAG